CAUUACUUUGUUUCGUGAACUUGGAGCGUCUCAUUCUCUCUUUACUACUAAUGCUACACUUGGGUUUGAGAGAAACCAUUUUAUCUCUUACUUACAUUUGCAGAAUCAUAAACAAACCACGUAGAACUCUUAACUAAAAAAAGCCUCAAAACAAUCUACUUUCUUCGAAUAUCAUCUGAAUCUGCUUCUUGAACCUCUCAUCAAUAAUCUACUUUUCUUCGGUAAAACCAAAACCAGACGUCAACGUUUUAACCCAAAAUCUACUUCUUGUUUUACUAGCAAAAUGCCUCGACAUACCUUCUUUUUCAUUCUCACGUUAACCCUUCUGCUUUCUAGUUUUCAUGUCUCUUUUGGUGGUUUACUAGCUGAUCCAGUCACGGUGCCGGCAUUUCCGGCCCAGACAGAGGCUGCCACUUGCCGGUUAGACCUCUCAGCCGAACUUUUCGGCGGCGUGAAUGACGCCUGUGGACGUGACCUAGACCGGAGCAGGUGCUGUCCUGUGUUGGCUGCGUGGCUCUUUGCGGCUCACGCACGCUACGCCCUCGAGGUCCCGGCUGCGGCUCCAGCCGCGGAACCAGAUCUUCCAAUGAUGCCUGACGACUCUCAGAAGUGCGUGAACUCCCUGCAAAGCGCGUUGGUGAGCAAGAACGUGAAGAUUCCGCAACCCAAUGCGAGUUGUGAUGCGAUUCUGUGUUUUUGUGGGAUUAGGCUGCAUCAAAUCAGUUCGCUUAGCUGCCCGGCAGCGUUCAAUGUCACGGCUGGGUUUCGAAACGUAACUCCAACUGCUGCCGUUAAGAACUUGGAGAAGAACUGCAGAAAUUCUUCAUACACUGGCUGUACUAAAUGCCUUGGCGCCCUUCAAAAGUUAACGGGCGGACACAAGAACAGAACAGAAGACGUCGUCGAUAACAGGGCAACCAAGAUGUUCAACAGAGAUUGCCAACUAAUGGGGCUGACAUGGCUAUUGGCACGUAACAAAACGGCGUACAUUCCCACCGUUUCGGCAGUGUUGCGUGCCAUCAUGUACAGUGCGCACCCACCACAUGAGUCAAAGUGUAGCCCCGAUCAAGAGAACAUGCCUUUGGCUGUUGACUCUCUGCAGUUCGAAAAGUCCCAAUCCUCUUCAUCUUCACCAUCAUAUUCAUGGCCUCAAAGCUUUCAUGCUUUUUUGUUUCCAUUGUUGCCCCUAAUCAUUCUAGUUUCUGCUGUAUUUGUUUAGGGUCAACGAUAAUGGUGAUGCCGGUCUCUGUAUAAUUUUUUGUGUCUGUCGAGGUCACGUGAAGCUAGGAGACAAAAGACCUGUGCGGGUCGCUUUCUGCUUUUGCCCACUGUAAAUUUCAGGCUCGUUUCAUAUUUGCUUUUGACAUGUAGUACGAGUAGGAAUUCUUACCCAGUUACUCUUACCAUUUAUAUUAUAUAUAUAUUUUUCU